AUGGAAGCUGUUCAAACUUUCGGUCGCAAGAAAACCGCUACUGCUGUUGCCCACUGCAAGCGUGGACGUGGUCUCAUUCGUGUCAAUGGUUCUCCUCUUGAACUCCUUGAACCUGAAAUCUUGAAGUUCAAGGUUUACGAAGUUGUCCUUCUCCUUGGUGAAGAACGUUUCGCUAACGUUGAUAUUCGUCUCCGUGUCCAAGGUGGUGGUCACACCUCUCAAAUCUAUGCUAUCCGUCAAGCUCUUGCCAAGGCCAUUGUUGCUUUCUACCAAAAGUACGUUGACGAAGCUGCCAAGAAGGAAAUCAAGGAAAUUCUUGUCCAAUAUGAUCGUACUCUCCUUGUUGCUGAUCCUCGUCGUUGCGAACCCAAGAAGUUUGGUGGUCCUGGUGCUCGUGCUCGUUUCCAAAAGUCUUACCGUUAA